AUGGCGCAGACCAAAGCACAAGAGAGCGAAGACAGCAAGCCUGAGGGAGACCAUAAGAGGCGUCCGUCGCCAGAACAGAGCCCACCCGAGAAACGCAGACGGAAAACGAAUGAUUCUGACCAGGGAGCGAAUGGGGCCCGGAAGGGGAUGGAGGAACCCAACGGUGCGCAGAGAAUAGGCGGCGGUGGAGAGAAGGCGUUUGUGUGGCGGGAAGAAGUUGAAGACUCGCAAGCCGGGGAUUUGGCUGAAGACCCGCCAGCAACAUCAUCAGGAUCAGGACCUUCGAAAGAGAUGAGGAUCCAAGAUGUUCGACGGGAGAUAUCCGACAAGUCUGGGGCACUUGCUCCCGUCGGCCUCAGCGACUACCUCGAGGGAGACCUCCACAUCGACCAGUUACAACAUUCUGGUGUCCACGCCACGGAAGUGCAGGAAGACGAGCAGACCAUUGGCCUGUCUCCGCCAAGCACCCCGCCGCCUUUUCAAUGGCAUGGGGACAGUCUGAUGCCAGGAUCUCCGGGGACGAAGAGCAACAAAGGACGUGGGCAGCACUUGAACAUCCAGCUGUCAGACUACUACUGGAGAGGUGGUAGUGGCCAGCCAGAGCAGUAG